AUGAUGCAGGUCGACUCCUCCAUCACCGAGUAUUGCAGUAGCAUGAAGACUCUCGCCGACACCCUUCGCGACAUAAGCCAUCCUAUUCAGGACUCCCAACUUGUCUUGAACCUUCUUCGCGGCCUCAGCCCACACUUCUCCAACACCGCCGACGACAUCGCCAACUCCACCCUCGGCUUCCCGUCUUUCGCCCAAGCGUGGGACAUGCUCACCCUGAAGGAACUUCGCCUCGCCAACGAGGAGAAGGUCUCCAACUCCACUGCCCUCCUUACCAGGAACUCUUCUUUGUCGUCGAUCUCCUCCGGCUGUACGGGUGGGUGUCGCCCGCCGUCUAGCUCUGCUCAGACCGGCGGCGGCACCAGUGGCGGUGCCAGCGGCAGCAGCAGUGGCGGCCACACCGACGGCAGCAACGGCAAGAUGAAGUGGCAGCAGAAGAUGGGGUAG